GUCCAGGGCAAGGUGAUGAUGUAGGGAGUUUGGAGUUCCAGUGAAAAACGUCAGCGAAAGAAAUCCUGCUCUGCCGUCCAUACCAGGCAAGCUUGAGGACCCUGCCAGGCUGUGUGACGUCAGGAUGACGUUCGUGUCACGCAGAGCCCUGCUGAUGGCUGGCGGCAUCAUGUCCAGUCUGGUCCUGCUUACACUGGACAGGAUGAACAUAGACGAUCUGUUGAAUCGAGACGCACGCGCACAGAAAAGUGACCACAGUGACGACACACCCGUCGGUACGCCUGACCACGCCUCCACAGAACAGGAACAACAUGGCGGACAGGAGAGAGGUCAAGGGCGUGACCCGGAAGAGUUUCCCCGUAAUUCCUUCCCAGGGUUCGAUGUCGAGAAAAUAGAUGAUUUUCGGUUCAAAAUCAUCGCGACGUCCGGCGCCCUGAAGAAGAUGUACGUGACGAAGAGUAACAUCCCGGACCGGUCCGUGCGGCUGACGGGCGGCGGGAGGAGGGGGAAGGGCGUCCAGACGGCAGACAUCCCGCCGGCGAUCUACGACAGCCUGCCGCUGGGUACUUUUGAACACAAAGCCCAGUACCCGGCAUGCAGUGUGGUGGGCAACGCGGGAAGUUUGAUUGACAGCGGCUGUGGGCGACAGAUAGACUCAUCUGAUUACGUCAUCAGAUGUAACUUUCCCCCGGUUGGUGGAGAGUACGCAAAGGAUGUCGGGAAGAAGACGGACUUCCUCAGUGUCAACCCGUCACUUUUCCAUACACUCUAUCAGAACUUUAAGAAUAGCACGUACAAGGAGAAGUUCAUUAGCGACGUGAAAGAAUACGGACUGUCUAUGCUGUACACCCACCCUUACCGUCUUGCCAAGCAUGUGAAGAGCUGUUACCGCGCGCACGAGGUCCUGAGUGAAGCUGGGAUGGCGGACCUCAGCAGGUUCUCUCAUCCCAAAUUCCUGGAAGGCGUCACGGAGUUUUGGAAAAACCAGGGGUUGCAGGAGCCUCGACCAAGUACAGGUCUGCUGUUGACUGCUAUCGCCAUCGCGAAGUGUAAGGAGGUGACUCUGUACGGCUUCUGGCCCUUCCCAACCUACAACGGACAGGAGCGAGCCUUCCACUACUUCGACCGGCCUGUCAUCUGGAACAUGCAGUUCGAAGACAAGUCGCUAGAGCGCGCUCUGCUCACCCAGAUGAACCCCUUCCACAACCUGACGGAAGAAUUUCAUGUUCUAAACGGACUUCACGAGAAGGGCGUCCUGAAACUACAGAUCGGAACGUGUGGAGAUUAAGGAGCAAGGAAAAGUGUUCUCAUAACCUCUUGAAUAUGAAAGUUGUUGAAUGACCCGUGCUGUUGUUCAUAGGUUGAAUACGACACAGUUCUUGAAAAAUGGAUCAGAAGCAUAGAUAAGAAGAAAGCAUAUCUGUUCUACGUAUAUCUUGAUUUCUUAUCUCAGAAUAUUCUUCAUUCGAAUGGAGAGCACAUUGGCCUCGGAGUCUCCAGAUUAAACCUAAACAUUAAGGUGUAUAUUUGAAGGAUUCUGUUGGUUUGAUUAUGUCAAAAUAAGGAUGAGGGCAUUGAGGCAUUACAGCCAAUGGCAGCGAACGAGUUAUAAAUUUCUUGUUACUUAUUACGAGUAAAAUAUC